AUGUGGCCGGUGAUUGUACAGUUUUUACGAAGCAAUCCUCGAUAUGUGGCUCUUCCAUUUGCAAUUGUAGUCGGUUUUAUUGGCUUCAAUUUGGAAAGUUUGCUACGCUCACAGGAGGACAUUUCAAGCACCAAGCACAAUCCGAAGAAAACGGUGUCCCAGAUUCGUAUAGAACGACAGAUCAACCAAGAUCUUUCUUCCCCGGAUCACGGACUGCCAGAGUCUCCAGCAUCCGUGCUGGAGUAUCGUGGCGAACCUAUGUUUGAUAAGAACAAGUGA